UGGUGACACUACUCUUACAAAAUUUAAAGUUUAUGAAUAUAAGAGGUAAUUUAGUAUUCUAAUUAUAGAAGUAUAUAGUAAUUCAAGGACACUGUUAUACUUGGAUGGGCUAUCAUUAUCAUUAUCAUUGUUGCAUAGAUACCAGCUUCCUAUUUGAUAGGCUCAACAUGUCACAUCAUUUUGUCACAGUUUGCGUAGUAUGUGUUUUAUGUGCUGCACAUACUCCUUGUUCAGCACACGUUGAAUUGUCACAUGCUGGGAGCACAGAUCAUAAUUCUGUCAAGUCUGAAAAGUUACCAGAUUCUAAUGAGCAAUUACAACCAUCUUGGUUACUAAUGAAGUAUAAAGAAACACAGCAGAAAGAUGUGAGAAAAAUGAAUUCAAAUGGUGUAGGAGCUUCUAAUGAUGGUGCUGCUAAAUCUUCUAAUAUAUUAGAUAGUGCCAACAAUACUUCCUCCUUGUUGGUACCAGUUGCCAUAAAUGAAGCUCAUGCUAAAGCAAAAAAUCAAGAAAAUGUAAAACCUAAUGAUAAUAUUCAUAAUACUCAUAUUCCAAUAACACAGGAAGAUUCCUCACCCACAAGAAAUAUAGAAUUAUUAGAAAGACUAGGUCAAAUUGAUAUAAUUUAUAAUGGAGACUUGAAUUCAGUUCAACUUGUUAAAGAUGAAGAUUCUCUUAACAGGAUCAGGACAAAGAGAAAUGUAGAUGUUAUAGAUGAAAAGUAUUUCAUGAAAAGGAUUUUUGAAACUUAUGGAGAUGGUACAAGCAUAACAAUGGAAGGUUUUGAAAAGUUAUUAAAAAAAUUAGGAUUAUUAAGGUUGUUAACAGAUGUAUCUAAAUUGGAAGAACAUAAUGUGGUUACUAGUCAACAUGAAAAUCCAUUAGAUAAAUUAAAAAGUUCACAAAACAGUGGCCUAGCAGAACAUGAGAAUGAAGAUAGGAAAGAAAGGUGCUUAAGUAGCAAAGAAUUAUUAAGUACUGUUGCAAGAGAUAUACCCUAUAAUUUCAUCUCUAAUAAUAAUUCAACAUUACCAAGUUGGCUUUUUGAACGCGUGUGUCCAGCUCUUGUUUAUCAACUAGCAGGUGAAUCAAGUUCAGACAGAAAUGGAUGUAUACGUGUACCAGAAAAUUAUAAGCCAAUAGUUAAUAAAUACCUUGGGGAAGACAUGACACGUAAUAUGGUUCAAGUGUGGGCCUAUUCUACAUUCAGUAUUUUAAUAAUCAGUCUAUGUGGUUUACUUGGUGUAGCUGUUAUACCUUUUAUGGGUAAAGUUUAUUACCAUCAGUUAUUGCAAUUUUUAGUUGCUCUUGCUGUAGGAACACUAUGUGGUGAUGCUCUUAUUCAUCUUCUACCACAUGCAAUGAUGUCUCAUGAUCACAGUCAUGAACAUAGUCAUUAUGAUGAUAAUCAUGGUGAAGCAGACCAAAAAGAACAGCACAAUAUGAAUAUGUGGAAAGGGCUAGUUGCAAUGAUGGGUCUUGCACUUUUCUUUUUUACGGAAAAAGCUUUAAUGAUGUUAGCGGAAUGGAGAAAACUUCGACAACGUCGUAAUAAAUUACCUACACGUGUUAGAGUAAUGAGAGAGACUGAUGGACCAAACAGCAAUGUUGUUGGAGAGAAAUUGUGCAAACAUAAAUAUUCGUCGUAUCCAUACUGUUACGGCGAAAUUAGCACUGAGACUCAAGAUAAUCAUCACAAUCGUCAACAUAAUAAUCAUGAAAGACCUCCCGUGAUCGAGGAGGAAAAACCUUUGACAUCAAAUUGCAAUUCGGUUUCAAAAAUUAUGGCCAGUGACGUAGAGAAGAAAUUAAAUGAAGAUUGGAGGCUAGAGGACUCUAUCGUAAAUACGAAGAAAACUGAUGGUGCAGAUGUACCAUUAAACGAGUCAGAAAGUUACACUGUUAUUAUACGUGAACAUGAAACAAAACACCAUGGUCAUACCCAUUCUCAUGGUCAUGUCCAUUCUGCGCCAGAAUCAAUGUCAAGCGUUGCUUGGAUGGUAGUAAUGGGUGACGGUUUACACAAUUUUACAGAUGGCAUGGCUAUAGGUGCAGCUUUUUCAGCAAAUAUAGCAGGUGGUUUUUCUACAGCGAUAGCUGUAUUCUGCCACGAAUUACCCCACGAGAUAGGAGACUUCGCAGUUUUAUUAAAAGCCGGAAUGAGUGCUAAACAGGCUGUUUUUUAUAAUUUGUUAUCUUCCGUACUUUGUUUGUUCGGUAUGAUAUUUGGUGUAUUAUUAGGAAGUACACCUGCUGUAAGUAGUUGGAUGUUUGCUGCUGCUGCAGGAAUGUUUAUAUAUAUAGCACUAGUAGACAUGAUUCCAGAAUUAUCUUCAAGUCACUCUGUGGAACGUAGCUUUCAAUGGCAGUGUAUUUUACAAGCAUUAGGGCUAUCGUGUGGUCUGGGAAUAAUGUUAAUUAUAGCACUAUACGAACAUGAUCUUAAGAAUAUAUUCAGUGAUUAAGAUUAACUUCAUAAAGACUGAGAACUUUUUCGAACGAUGGUAAGCUCUGCAGUACUUCCUACAGAUCUGUUUAUGGUCAACAUUUGAGUCAAUAAAAUUUUGACUAUGCAUUCUUACCGAAACAA